AUGGAGUCCCAAAUAGGUAAGCCGAUUUUUGCAUAUCGUGGUAUAUGCUAUGCCAAAGCACCAGUCAACGAAUUAAGAUUUAAAGCUCCCGAGCCUGUGGAACCUUGGAACGGUACACUUAAAGCUACUGCAGAUAGUUUGGUAUGCCCCCAUUCCAAUUAUAGUGUUGAGAGUGAAGAUUGCCUGAAGCUGAAUGUGUUCACAAUGAAUGUAACCGCACGUUUGCCCGUCAUGGUCUACAUUCACGGUGGUGCCAACUAUAUGGGUAGUUGUCACAGUUCAUAUGAAGCGGGACCACAAUAAUUACUUGAUCAUGAUGUGGUCUUGGUGGCAUUUAAUUAUCGCUUGAGGGCUUUGGGUUUCCCAAGUCAAGAGAACAAUACACGCUUAUUGUAUGAUUUGCAAUUGAAAAGUCGCAAAAUUUGGAAUUUAUAUAUGGGUUCGGAAGCCAUGGAACUUAAUUCAACAAAUCUUCCCAGUUUUGGCAAACUAUUUUCUGAUGCCAUAUUGGGGCAUGGCAUUCAUCGUCUGGUAACUCUAUCACAUAACGAUACCCCUGUUUAUUAUUAUCGCAAAGAUUAUAUUGACAUUAUAAGUUUAUAUCCGUACAAUAAUGGAUGGUCACAAGUGAUUUACAAUAUGUCCAAAGAUGCUGCUGAUAUUUUUAUGGUAAAACGAUUGACACAAUUAUGGACCACAUUUGCCACUACUGGCAAACCCAUUGCCGAUGAUGUCGAGGAAUGGUCACCAGUUGGUGUCACAAAUUCACCAAUACUUUAUAAUGGCAAAACUGCCGAAAUGGGUCCAUGGACAAAUGAAGAACCAGAUGCAGAUGUUCCGAUUGUCGAAACAUCAUUGGGUAAAAUCCAAGGCAAACUACUGACAACUUUGGAGGGUAAGCCGAUUUUUGCAUAUCGUGGUAUACGCUAUGCCAAAGCACCAGUCAACGAAUUAAGAUUUAAAGCUCCCGUGCCGGUGGAACCUUGGAAUGAAACUUUGAAAGCUACCACAGAUAGUUUGGUAUGUCCCCAACCAGGCGCCUUGCAAAUUGUUAUGAGUGAAGAUUGCCUAAAGGUGAAUGUAUUCACAAAGAAUGUAACCGCACGUUUGCCCGUCAUGGUUUACAUUCAUGGAGGUGCCAAUGUUUUGGGUAGUGGUCAUAGUUUAUAUGAAGCGGGACCACAAUAUUUACUUGAUCAUGAUGUGGUCUUGGUGGCAUUCAAUUAUCGUUUGGGUGCUUUGGGUUUCCUAAGUACUCGGACACCGGAAUAUCCUGGAAAUUAUGGUUAUCUAGAUCAGGUAUUGGCCCUACAAUGGGUCCACGAUCACAUUGCUAAUUUUGGUGGUGAUCCUCAAUCGGUAACAAUAUUUGGUAUGAGUGCUGGUUCCAUGGCUGUGUCACUGCACAUGGCAUCACCUUUGUCGAAGGGCCUCUUUCACAAGGCCAUACUUAUGAGUGGUUCGGCAACAAAUCACUAUGAUAUCGAUAAUCUUUAUUGGACAAGGAAAUUGGCUAGAGAAGUGUCGUGUCCUCAAUACGAUCCUGUGGAUAUGGUGGAAUGUCUAAGAGAAAUUAGUUGGAAAACAAUUGUAAAUAAAUGUGCCGAAUGGGAACCCUACUCGUUUGUCAAUAUGAAAUGGAAUUAUGAAGUGGAUGGUCACUUUUUGCCACAGCAUCCGAGUGAAAUUUUUGCAGAGGGUAAAUUUAAUAAGGUGACAAUGAUUGUGGGUUUUGCUCGCAACGAAUUGGAUUUUUCGGUGCAGGUUCAUGAGAACAAUACCCGCUUAUUGCAUGAUUUGCUUGUCAGUUUUGAUCUGUAUGCUCCCGAAAUAUUCCUCUACAAACCGGAAUCUUCAGAUGUACCUCCGGAGCAAUUGAAAAGUCGCCGAAUAUGGAAUUUCUAUAUGAGCCCAGAAGCCACGGAAAUUAAUUCAACAAAUCUUUUCAUUUUUGGCCAAAUAUUUUCGGAUGCCAUACUGGGGCAUGGCAUUCAUCGUCUGGUAACUCUCUCCCAUAACGAUACCCCUGUUUAUUAUUAUCGUACAGAUUAUAUUGGUGGUAGAAGUUUAUAUCCCGACCAUCUUGGACUAUCGCAGGGUGUUGGUCAUGCCGAUGAUUUGCAAUAUGUUAUGCCAGGCCUAUGGUAUGGUACACAAAUGGCCACAGAUGAUGUCGAUAUUUUUAUGGUAAAACGAUUGACACAAUUAUGGACCACAUUUGCCACCACUGGCAUACCCAUUGCCGAUGAUGUCGAGGAAUGGUCACCAGUUGGUGCCACAAAUUCACCAAUACUUUAUAAUGGCAAAACUGCCAAAAUGGGUCCAUGGCCAUACAGGGAAUACUAUCAACUAUGGGAUGAUAUGUUUCCAAUUGAAAUGAAAAAUGCCAGUGGUCGGCAGUGGCCCAUUAUAUGGAUAAUUAACACAUUAUUGUUAAUCAUUUGGAAUUUAAGUUAA